UGCAGUAUUGUUGUUGCUAACGCUUAGGCUUUGCUCUGGUCAUGACACAAAUACCUAUUUUACCCUAAAAUACAAUAGAAAUAGAACAAGCGUUUUAUAAACCAUCCACCUUUGGGGAGGAAUAAGAAUAUAAAGCCGUGGGGAAGAGCCGAAAAGUGAGAUGAAAUGACAACGUCAACAUUACAGAAAGCGAUUGAUCUCGUCACCAAAGCCACAGAGGAGGACAAAGCAAAGAACUAUGAGGAGGCUCUGCGAUUGUACCAGCAUGCUGUCGAAUACUUCCUGCAUGCCAUCAAAUACGAGGCCCACAGCGACAAGGCCAAGGAGAGCAUACGAGCCAAGUGUAUGCAGUACCUGGACAGAGCGGAGAAACUGAAGGACUAUCUGAAGAAUAAAGACAAACAGGGCAAGAAGCCCGUCAAGGAGGCUCAGAGCAAUGACAAGAGUGACAGCGACAGCGAGGGGGAAAACCCAGAGAAGAAGAAACUACAAGAACAACUUAUGGGUGCCAUCGUGAUGGAGAAGCCCAACGUCAGGUGGAACGACGUGGCUGGACUGGAGGGAGCAAAGGAAGCUUUGAAGGAAGCCGUCAUCCUGCCCAUCAAAUUCCCUCACCUUUUCACAGGGAAGCGGACUCCUUGGAGGGGCAUCCUGUUGUUCGGCCCCCCAGGGACGGGAAAGUCCUACCUUGCCAAGGCGGUAGCCACCGAAGCCAACAACUCCACCUUCUUCUCCGUGUCCUCCUCAGAUCUCAUGUCCAAGUGGCUGGGAGAGAGUGAGAAACUGGUGAAGAACCUGUUCGAUUUGGCUCGCCAACACAAACCCUCCAUCAUAUUCAUCGAUGAGGUGGACUCCCUGUGCGGCUCGAGGAACGAGAACGAGAGCGAGGCGGCGCGCCGCAUAAAGACAGAGUUUCUGGUCCAGAUGCAAGGAGUGGGAAACGAUAACGAUGGUAUUUUGGUGCUUGGAGCCACCAACAUCCCCUGGGUGCUUGAUGCUGCCAUUCGUAGAAGAUUUGAGAAGAGGAUUUACAUCCCUCUUCCGGAGGAGCCGGCCCGAGCCCAGAUGUUUCGACUUCAUCUUGGCAACACGCCACACAGCCUGAGCGACGGCGACCUGCGGGAGCUGGCGCACAAAACGGAUGGCUACUCCGGCGCAGAUAUCAGCAUUAUCGUACGGGACGCUCUCAUGCAGCCGGUCAGGAAGGUCCAGUCAGCCACUCACUUUAAAAAGGUUCGUGGUCCAUCCAGAAGCAACAAUCAGGUGAUGGUGGACGACCUCUUGACCCCGUGUUCCCCUGGAGACCCUGCAGCCAUAGAGAUGACAUGGAUGGAUGUGCCAAGCGAUAAGCUGCUGGAGCCUAUAGUUUGCAUGUUGGACAUGCUGCGCUCCCUGUCCACCACGCGGCCCACUGUCAACACCGAGGACCUGAUCAAGGUGAAGAAGUUCACAGAGGACUUUGGGAUGGAGGGUUGAUCCCCCUCCCCUCCACCCGCUCCCAGUAACGACACUCUUCUCCCUCCUCCUCUUCCUCACCCUCCUCACCGCUGCGUCAGCAUUCAUCUCUCAGCUGGGCUCCUGGUUUUAUUGUCUCUCAUGGAUGUAAAACAAUAAACCUUGUAGUCCGAUGUUUGCUAAACCGGGCCGAGGUUUUAGAAUAUCUGAAGGACGUUUACCAAAUGCCACAUUAGAAACGUCUUAGUGUGAUUUUUCUGUAGUUGGACUCUAUAGAUCUCCUGUGUUUCGCCCUCAUUGCUGAUGACGUAGCCUUGCAGAAUCUCCACUACAUGAACUGCUGCGUUUUACAUGAGGAAUCCCUCCAAGUCCCCCGAUCUGAGCCCCUUCUCUCUCCGACUGAAGGACCCUACGUUUCGUUGCUGUCGUGCACUUUGAUUCGGAUCCACACCAAGGACCCUGAUGGCUGAAGGUGAAACAGAAGUUGAAGUUUCCCCCAGGCGUGUGAGCGUGUGAAUGCAUCAGUGUUUUUAUUAUUGAGCGUGCCUGUCUUAAUGUUUGUGUUGAAAUGUCAGGAGGCUGUUGUUGUCUUAUUUAAUGUUGAGCGUCUGCAUCAGGCGUGCAAGUUGGUAGCAAUCUGCCUGAAGUGUUUUCCAACAGGAGAGAUGUGCCUGGCUGAAAGGAACGAGGAAAAGUAGGAACAUUAUCUGGUUUUUCCUUCAUUAUGUUGCAAAAAAAUCGAAUUAUUUAAAAAACAAAUGAUAAAAAUGCUUAUUAGCAUCAACAAUGGAAGAAUUACAGCAAAAGCAAACAGUUUUCUGCCAGCAGCUUUUAUCAGUUCUCAUUUAAUCAAAAAAAAGGAAAAAUCACUUCUAAAUUAUUAUUAUUUUUUUUUUGCCGUUAAAAGAGUCCUCUUUUUUCAACUAAAUCGACUUUUUCUGGCAGAUACUGAUUUCUGAUGCCAAUUAUAGCAAGUAAGUAACAGACAGAAAAAAUACAGGUGCAGAUGCAAUGAUGAUCACUCUGAAUUAGAUGAUAUCCUACCAAAAAAUUUUAAUUUUUUAAAAUAUUUUACAGGUGUCAUCAGAUAAAGACACUACAAAUUGUUUGCAGCUAAUUGCAAGCAAAUAAUUCAUUUAUUAUGUGCUUUGGUUUCAUUUGCGUUCCAGUCUGUUAAAACCCAAAGGACGCUCGGUCCGGCACAUCUCUUGGUUCCUCCUGCACACGUAGUUCCGUCUGUCACACAACCUUAUUUAUAAAGCAUUAGUCACUUCCUGUGUGUAACCAGUGGAGAUGCAGAGUAUGUUUACAGAGUAUUACCUUUCUUGCUGAUUAAGCUCCGGUGAAAGGAAGUCCUGUAUUUUUUUUUUUUUUUUUUGUUGGGAAGAAAAUAUUCCCACCAACCUUCCCUUCAGAUGCUGAUGCUCUUGUAUAGUUUUGUUUUCAGCCAUCUGAUUGUAAGGAGAGCUGCUGGACGUCUGCGACGACGUCUGAGACUUGUGAAUCAAUAACUCAGUGCUACAGUGGUCCAGCUCUGUGUUCCUCCAAGUUUCCUCUGGGAGCUUAGCUGAUGAAGUCCCUGUGUGGGGAUCUAACCUGCUGCUGGCUGUGUAUCCAUUACUACUAAUAAUUUAACCAGAGUUAAUAAAAACGGACAUUUCAAAAGAUCCAA